UGAUGAGAGUGAGAUGAGAAAGACAGAAAGAAGAAGAGAGAGAGAGAGAGUAGUACAUUGGAAGACUCAGUGAGUUCACUGUUUCUCUGACUUUGAUGCAUGAAGGUGGAAGACGGUGAAAACUAAAAAAAAAAUAAAAAAAAUUCUGAAUGCAUGAAGAGAGUAAAAUGUGAACUGACCUAUGAAGUGAGUGUAGACAAGGUUUGUCCUUUGCUGCUGAUGUUCAUCACUACAAGGUUUCAGCAUUUGGGUUUCUCUCCGAUUCAAAAAACUUUUUGAAUUUGAUGCAGCAAGGAGAUGAUGAUUUCAUCUUUUUAAGAGGAAUGAGACACUAGGAUAAUGCUGAAGAAGGGAAAAGGAUCAUAUUUGGAAGAUUUGUAAUCUCAUGGCUGAUUCUUCUUCCAAUUUCUCUUUACCUUGUGAUGCAUUAAGCCUAAGACAAAUGAGUUUCUCAAUCUUCCAUACCUCUGGCUCUAGGUUGGGGAUUGGAGCUAAAGGUUUGCCAGAUUCUGAAUCUGUUUGGAGCCCUACAUCUCCUCUGGAUUGCAGACUCUUCUCAAAUCUUAGCAACCCGUUUAGUGUCAAGUCUCCUAGACCAUUAUUUCAAACUGGCCAUAAGAAGCAGUUUGAUGGCAGUAAAGUAGGCCUUGGUAUCAUAAGUUCCCUCGUUAACGAAAUUGAACUCAACAAAGAGAUAAUCAUUGGUAAAUUUCAGAGGAAAAGUAUAAUUUUUGGACCACAGGUAAAAACUGCCAUCCUUAAAUUCUCAAACAACAACCAUGAAUCCCUUGCACUUUAUUUGAAAUCUAAUUCCUUGCCCAAAAACUAUGUAAUUUCACUUCCUUCUGAGACCAAAAGUCCCAAAUCUGAAGUGGAAAACUUUGAUGAUGUCUAUGGAAAGAAAGAUGGCAAUUGGAAAUCUGAAGCUUUCAAAAGUACCAUGACUUCUUUGCCAGGUUCCUUUAGGUCUUCCUCAUUAAUCAACUCAAAUCAAAACCCCAAUUUUGGAAUCAAUGAAUUGUGUUUAGAAAAUACAUCUACAUUAAUGAGUUUGCCUCCAGCGACAAGCAGAGGUUCACAGGUAGAUAAUUCUUUGAAAAUUAAAUCAAAUUCACUUCCAAUAUCCAUUGAUUUUAGUAAAGGGUGUAUAGGCUCACUCUCUGCAAGAGAGAUAGAGCUUUCUGAGGAUUAUACCUGUAUAAUUUCUCAUGGUCCAAACCCCAAGCGAACACAUAUUUUUGGUGACUGCAUUUUGGAAUGUCACAACAAUGACUUCACUGAGUUCAGCAAAAAGGAAGAACCUGAAGUUCCUGCAUUUUCAGAAGUAUCAUCCCCUUAUCCUUCUGACAAUGUUUUGAGCUUUUGUUACUCAUGCAAUAAGAAAUUAGUGAAGGAGGAAGACAUUUAUAGAUACAGAGGUGGGAAAGCAUUUUGCAGUUUUGACUGUGGAUCAGAGGAAUUGGAGAAAGCUUGUACUAACUCAGCUGAGAGCUCUCCUGACUCAAGUUACUAUGAUCUCUUCCUCGCGGGUCUGCUUGUGUCCAAAUAACGUGCUCUCUUUACUUUCUUGAGAGACUGUGCAUAAUUUUAUUUACAAAUAACUGCCUAAGUGAAUUUGUUUGUGCUGUGGAUGAUUGCAAUGCAAAUUAUGUUAUGUAGUGUGGUGGUUGUCAAGAACCAUGUUUCAUGAUUCAGUAGGUUAUUGCUAGAAAAGGCAGAGUUAUUGAUAACACUUGAACAUAUGUAUGCAUUGUAAUGUUCACUGGAUGAUGAGUUGAUGAAAGAGGCCACAGCAGGCCCUUGCUUCUCAUAAAAAAAAAUUACUUCUCUAUCA